AUGGGCGAGCUGCCAGGGGGUGCAAUUAAUUCUGGGUGGGUGUCACAUUUUCUGCAUUUCUUGAAUCUUUCCGUGCCUUUGCAUGCCAACACAUUAUAUAUUUAACUUUCAUGUGAGCCUGUUUCGCCGAUUCCACCAAGACAUCUUUGUACGUACCUCAUGCGUAUCUCAUCCCCGUCGAGAUCGUUGGUCUUUCAAUUAUAUAGGCUUGGGAAGAAGCUUUUAGUUUCGAUAUACAUACAAAUCCACACGGUUAUAAUUCGAGGCCUUUAUUGACUACUGAUCAGGAUCGAGCUUUUUAAAGUGAGAUAAUGGCUACGCUGCUUGGCUGGUGGAGAUUGUUUGGUGCUGCGUUUGCUGGAAUUCUCUUCUUUCGUGGCUUUUCUUCCUCUGAAAAAGCUCCAAACUACAGCUUCAUGCACAAUGCAACCUCAGCCCCACCGACAUCCUAUUACGACUACAUUAUCGUUGGCGGCGGAACCGCUGGCUGCCCCUUAGCGGCAACUCUAUCCCAGAACUACAACGUUUUACUCCUCGAACGUGGUGGCUCACCUUAUGGCAACCCUAACAUCACCAACCUAGCCGCCUUUGGUGCCGCGCUUUCUGACCUCUCCCCAACCUCUCCCUCCCAACGCUUCAUCUCCGAGGACGGGGUCAUCAAUGCUCGGGCCCGUGUUUUGGGUGGUGGAAGCUGCUUAAAUGCAGGGUUUUACACGCGUGCCUCCCCAUAUUACGUCAGGGAGGUGGGUUGGGAUGGGCGGCUUGUGAACGAGUCAUAUGAAUGGGUGGAAAAGGUAGUGGCGUUCGAGCCGCCAAUGCGGCAGUGGCAAUCGGCUGUACGGGACGGGUUGUUGGAAGCCGGUGUGGUGCCGUAUAAUGGAUUCACGUAUGACCAUUUGCACGGGACUAAGGUUGGGGGAACCAUAUUUGAUCGAGAUGAGCAUAGACAUACUGCUGCCGACUUGCUGCAGUACGCUAAUCCUAGUGGCCUUACGCUGCUUUUGCAUGCCUCUGUGCAUAGAAUCUUGUUUAGAAUUCGAGGAAGAUCAAGGCCAAUGGCGCAUGGAGUGGUAUUUACAGACGCAACAGGGGCAAAACACACAGCAUAUCUUAAGAAGGGAUCGAACAAAGAGAUAAUAGUAUCAGCAGGUGCAUUGGGGAGCCCACAGCUACUAAUGUUAAGUGGAGUAGGGCCUGCAGAGCAGCUUAAGGCACACAACAUAACAGUAGUGUUGGAGCAGCCAAUGGUGGGGCAAGGGAUGGCAGAUAAUUCCAUGAAUGCCAUCUAUGUUCCCUCUCCGGCUCCGGUCGAGGUCUCUCUCAUUGAAGUCGUCGGCAUCACCGAGUUUGGGAGCUACAUUGAAGCUGCCAGCGGCUCCAACUUUGCUGGUGGCUCCUCAAGAGACUUUGGCAUGUUCUCUCCCAAGAUUGGACAGCUCUCCACAGUGCCACCAAAAGAAAGGACCCCAGAAGCCAUAGCCAAAGCUGUAGAACUUAUGGACAGUCUUAACCAAACAGCCUUCAUGGGUGGAUUCAUUCUAGAAAAAAUCAUGGGUCCAGUUUCCACGGGCCAUUUGGAGCUCCGGACCCUCAAUGUGAAUGAUAACCCAUCUGUCACCUUUAACUACUUCAAAGAUCCAAUAGACUUGCAAAGAUGUGUUCAAGGCAUUAGCACCAUCGAGAGAGUAAUCGAGUCCAAGGCUUUCUCUAAGUUUACAUACGAUAAUUUAAGUCUCCCAGACCUUCUCAACAUGACGGAGAAUUCCCCAGUAAACUUGUUGCCAAAACAUCAAAAUGCUUCAAGGUCCUUGGAACAAUUUUGUAAGGAUACUGUGAUGACCAUUUGGCAUUAUCAUGGAGGCUGUCAGGUUGGGAGGGUCGUUGAUCAUGAUUAUAAAGUUCUUGGAGUGGAUGCAUUGAGGGUUAUUGAUGGAUCCACAUUUAAUUACUCUCCUGGAACUAAUCCUCAAGCCACUGUCAUGAUGCUUGGAAGGUACAUGGGUUUAAAGAUAUUGAGGGAGACACUACUUGCUGGAGAUCAUGAUCAUGACUCAAAUUAAUUAGAUUAUCAUAAUUUGAAUUUAGUUUAAUUUUCUGAAUUAAUUAUUAAUUGUUCGAAUUAAGUCAUGCAUGAAUUCGGACUCC